UUUACCUUAAUUUUUGUGAGUGUAAAAGUAAAAUUUUGAAAGAGAAUAUGUAAAUUUUCUUCUCAUUCAUUCGAAACUAAAGCUGUUGCUGGGACAAUACUGAAUGUCAACAAUAUGGCGGAAAAAUAAAGGCAGACAGGUGCUCGAAAGAAAGAUGGCUCUCAUCAAACGAGAUCAAACUCUUCAAGAAUGGGGGAUUAAUAAAAGACAGAGGCUCAGACUUCCAAAAAUUGAUGACACUCCACAACCUACAAUCGACUAUGAAAAACUUCGAAUGCUUUGCAGCAUUGAAGGCCUUAAAGGAAGGGAACAGGCAGAGUCAACUGAAGAAGCUCAUGAAGAGUUCAUGAGGAAUUAUCAUCAAAUAUUUGCAAAACCACCCAAAAAAUCUGGUUACCCUAACCACUCAGAGAAAAGAAGUGAACAUAAGUCCUCAGCUGCCAGUUUUACCAACAGAGCAACAGGGAAAUCCUCGGAGGCUGUGAAGCCUAAAGGGAAGGACUACCCAGUGGAUGGAAUCACCCAUGACAUACGGGAUUACAUGCCUCUGCUCCACAAACAGAGGAAGAGUGAGGACCCAGAACACGUUAGACUUGACAAUCUCAGGACACUAAGGAAGCUGUUCAGAAAAUUACCAUUUGAAAGAUCACUGCCAGAAAUAGAGAAAAUAUUUUCCAUUCUACAAACAUUUAAAUUCUUCAAGGACAAGAUUCCUUCCAAAGUUCUCAGAGAGCUCUGUGUUGUUGGUGUUCUAGAACAAUGGAAAGAACCAGGAUUUACAGUGUUUGGUAAAGCUGGGUUACAUAUGGUGUUGAGAGGAGCAGUGAAACCAAUUACGGACCCUUACUUAAACGAGAAUAAUGAAAUUCCUGAUUCACGUAGCUCCACUCCAUUAGUACCAGAGGAAACACAAGCAGAGUUAGUGGCUGGUGACUGUUUUGGUACUUUAGUAAAAGUAAAAAGAGAACAAGGAUCCAAAAUAUUUAGUGUAGUUACUACACAACCAAAUUGUGAAUUCCUGAAAAUAUCAUCUACAGACUACAUGAGGGUUAUAGAGCAAAUCAAACAAAGAGAGCACACAGAAAAGGUGAACUUACUAUUAUCAUGUGGUCAGUACCAACUUUGGCCAAAACAGCCGGUACUGAAGGUAGCUGAGCUUAUAGAAUGGAUGAGUGCCCCUCCCAAUUCUUUGCUAGUCAGUGAGAAAUAUAAGGCUCCAUACAUAGGCUUCAUCAAAAAGGGAGUCUGUCAUGUCCUAAAGCAAGUGGAAGUCAUGCACACCCAGCCAAAUGGAAAACGGGAGAAGAAAACAAAGCAGGUUGUGGUAGGAAUCCUGAAGGAGUCGCAGUCCUUUGCGGAGUUGAGUGUCCUCUUAGACGAAUCAAUAGACUGUACGAUCCUCACAGAUAAAAAUGUAGAAUUAGGCAUUAUACGAAAGGAGAGAAUUAAAGAAUUGGAUGACGACACCAAAAAAUUAUUUCAACAGACUGCAGAGCCAACCUUUGGUAACCUUAAGAAGAGUGACAUUCAGGAGGAAUACAUGAACCAGAAGCUGAAGAGUGAAUGGUCUCAGUUUAAACGAAGUGUAGUGAUGGACGUCAUCAACUCCAAAGGAAUCAGACCAGGGUACGGAAAGUGGUCCAUGUCCGCAGGCAAAGAGAAAAUGUGACAAUUCUAGCAGUGUGCCAAAAUACUUGACUAAAGAAUGUCUGUGAAUGUGAUCACAUGUGGAGAAAAAUGAAAUCAUGUACAACCUAUAGUACUAUUGUGUUCUUUGUAUUUAAUAUAUUUCAAUCUAUCAUCUUAUGUGAUUUUUACCAGUGAAUCUUCUCUCACAAUUUUUUCCCUUUGAAGAGCAUUUUUCUAACUCAAAGAACAUCAUGCAUGCCUAUAAAACUACAUGUACUUACAAAAAUUUGAAAACUUUGUAGAAUUGAAGUACAGUUCAUAUUUAAAUACAAUGUAAUACUGAUUUCAUAAUUUUUAAAAAGGAUUUGUAGAAAGAUUACUGGUACAUGUACCAGGUAUAUGAAUUGUGAAAUUAUAUAAACAUGAAGCAAUUUUAAUUCUGAGAUUAAUGCAUCACUGACAUUAUGGAAUAAUACUACAUGUGGUGUGAUAAGAGUUCAUGUCUGUUUUUGAUUUCUCUUCAUGUAAUUAUAAAAUAAGCAAAAAAAUUAUUACAUGUACAUUGUGUAUGUUAUGUUUGUUAUAGAACAUACUGUAAAUGGACUUUUAUACAUACAAUAAAAUGUAUUUUAUGUAAUACACUGUAAAUGUUAUGGAUCAUAAGUUAUUGCAGAUUGCAUUUUAUAUACCCCAGUUUUGUAUUGUGAUAUUUUUAUGUGGCAUGCUCAGUACAUUGAUCUGUAUGAUAUACCAUGAU